GGCCAUGAAGCAGAAAUAUUCAAUUAAAUACUAGAAGCUUCUCGUUCCAAGCAGUACUAGUGUACUUAUGAUAGACCUGUAUUUUAUGCUUUGUGUGAGGGAGGUCGAAGAUGUAAUUUCGAUACUAUUGCGGUAAUGUUCUAUUUGAAACAACAUCAGUAGAAACGUGAAUUUGACAUUACUCGCCAACAGCGUAGACAUGAUUCCCAGCCUCUCCUUCAGUUUACUCAUGCAUGCCCAGUGCCUUCUUAGUCUCUCCAGUGACAUCUUAUCUGAUUUAUCAAGAAGUCAGCAUCACGUCGUAUGCGUCAUAUAUUGCCGGGCGUGCACCACAUAAUCGCACAACAUUGUCUCCUGUCUCCCUUAAACAAAGGAAGAAGCAGAAGCGAUGGAUGAUAGCAGUCUCCAUCCUUUUCUAUGACUGGUAAAACUGGCUAAAACAUGGGCGACACCCAUCAUCGAAAACUACUAAUGGCGUUGCAGGCCAUUGGUAUCUUUCUUGAUUCGCCUUACCUAACUACAUCUUAAACUGGUCAAGUCCAUCUUCCCACCUAUGAUCAAGAUAGGGUUCAGUUAUCUCGAAGAUGCAGAGAUAUCGGGGUGUGGCAGAAUAGAGGUGAUCGGUUAGUAAUAAGACCUGAAGCAAAAGUUUAAACAGAACGAGGUAAAAUUAAAUACUUUGCUUCCUGACCUUUAAUCUCAGGCGGAAGUCCAGGCUGAUAUCAUGCGCUGAAGAAAGAAACAAGAUACUUCCGCACCCCAUACAUCAUGAGCUCUCACCCUCACCUAUUUGUUCAAGAUGACUAGCUUUCGAGAGCAGGGCUCGCCUUUGGCUCCCUUAUGUUUGGGCCAAUGUCAGAACUGUACACCUUCAAACUGGCCUUUCUCUCGGGAUUCUUCGUAUUCGCCAUCUUCAAUAUCACCCGUCGCUCUGGUAUACGGCCUCCAAACCGUGAUGGUAUGUCGAUUUCUCGUCAGAUCUAGUAGCACCGACCCUCUAGACACCGCCAGGGGCACCUUAGCCGAUAUAUCUAAUCACAUCAAGCACGGAGCGGCCGUAUUGAUCUUCACCAGCGCAACCUUUGUGGGCUCAAUGAGGCGAUAAUGAGACUACCAAAAAAAAUAUAAAUAAAUAAAUAUAUAUAUAUAUAUAUAUAUAUAUAUAUAUAU